UGAGAUUGUCGACUGGCAGUCGACAAUCUGAAGUUGUCUGGAUGAGUGACAUAAUUCAGUGAACAACUACUGAACAAACGGAGCACACAGAGAAGACAAUACAUGAACACCGCUUAAAGGUCCUCACACGAUUGACCAUGAGUGAACACUUGAGAGGGAGCUACUACGGGUCCUCUCCCCCAGAGCUGAGACUUGUUCUUUUGGGAAACCUUGGAUGUGGAAAGACGUCUUCAGCUGACACUAUCCUGGGCCAGCUGUCCCCCAUCUCUCCCAGUGCCUCCAGGAGCUGCCAGCUGCGACGGGGCAUCUCUGAGGGCAUCUCUGAGAGCAGGAGUGUGACUGUGGUGGAGGCGCCGAGAUGGUACUGGGACGGCGUCAAGAUGGAGGACAGUGUCAGGAAGGAGACUGAGAGAGCGAUGAUGCUGGUAGCCCCAGGCCCACAUGCUAUUUUGCUGCUUGUGCCUGUUAACCAAUUCACAGAGAUGGAGAGUCAUGUGCCUGCAGAGCUGGAGGAAGCGUUUGGGGGCGAGGUGCUGGAUCACACCUUGGUCCUGCUGACCUGUGGGGACUACUUGAUGGGAAGAACAGUGGAGGAAUACCUGCAGACAGAACACCCAGGCCUGAGGCAGAUAAUUGAGCGCUGUCGGGGGAGGUACCAUGUCUUCAAUAAUCGUAAGCGUCAGGACAGGGAGCAGGUCUGUGAGCUGCUGGAGAAGGUGGACAAUAUGGUGAAGGAAAAUGGGGAAUACUAUGUGAAAACAGCUCAGGAAAGAGAGCUGGAGAAGCGAGUGAAAGACAGAAAGAGAGAACUUAUGGAAAGUUACAGAGCUCAAAAGGAGGAGAGAAGAGAGACUUUCGCUUCAACGCACAUCCAAAGCACAGAAACACGCAGGAGUAUCGAUAGAGAGGAGAACAGUGCCGCCUUGGAGAGGAGGAGGAGAGAAGGGAGGGAUGAGAUUGAGGGAAGUGUGAGUGUGAGCCAAAGAUCUAACGGGCUUCAUUCAACGCCUGCACCAGAGCAACAGUCCUAUUCAGAGACGCAUGAUGACAGGCAGUUGAACAGGACGCCCAGUUUCAGACUAAAUGCAGAUGGAGCUAUACUCUCACAAAUGUCUGAGGUUAAAUCAACUCCGAGAGUGGUCACUACUUUUCAUCAAAGAUUGAACAGCUUUGAAGAGAGAUCCCCUGAGGCGUCUCCGACCUCCUCUCCUCAUUCGCCAGUCUUCCUCUCUUCCCCCUCCUCACCAACCUUCGCCUCCUCUCCCUCCUCAUUUCCCUCAUCCUCCACUCCCUCCUCAUUCCCCACAUCCUCCUCUCCCUCCUCUUUCCCCUCAUCUUCCUCUCUCUCCUCAUUGCCCUCCUACUCCUCUCCCUCCUCAUUCCCCUCAUCCUCCGUAUCUUCUUCAUCAUCUCCGGAGCUGCGUCUGGUGCUGCUUGGGCGAUCUGGAGCAGGGAAGAGUGCAGCUGGUAACAUCAUACUGGGGCAGGAGGAGUUUGAGUCACGCCCGGACAGCCUCACUGCGAUCACUCAGGAAUGUGAGAAAAAAAAAGCACUGGUUGACGGAAGACGGGUGGCGGUGGUGGAUACCCCAGACUGGUUCAGUUCAGAACAAACUCCAGAUGAGGUGCGAGCUCAGAUCUCCUCCUGUGUUGCUUUAACCAGUCCCGGUCCACACGCCUUCCUCCUGUGCGUCCCCUUAAACCAGCCUGCAAAGACCGAGCUGCACGCUCUCGGGGUCCUCGAGGCAGUUUUUGGUCCAGAAGCGGUCCAGAGACACACUCUGCUUCUCUUUACUUACGCAGAUAAACUGAAAAAGAGCGGGAAGGCAGGAAAUGACAGUGUGGAGGCAUACAUCGCUGGUCAGCGGGGGGAUUUGGUAAAGCUUGUGGAGAAAUGCGGCGACAGGUUUCAUGUGAUGGAGACGGAAGGAGGUGGAAGGGACAGAAGAAAUGUGGCACAGCUGCUAGAGAAGGUGGAGCAGACAGUGAAGGAAAGUGGAGGACAGUGCUAUUCCCAUCCUGCUUUUCAGGAGGCGGAGAAACGAGUGAGGCUGAGACAGUUGGAGAUAGCAAGGGAGAGAAGGGGGGGGGAACUAGAGCAAGAAAGACUGGGCGACAUUAGACAGCUCAGCUCUGAAAGGCGGGUACUUUAUCCCUACAUGCAGCCUGUGGCUGAGGCAGAAGAGGAAGUGACAGAGGAUGAGAUUGAGAAAACAAGGGAUGAGGCAGAGAUGAGUGUAAGUACAAUGAAUAUUGACAGCCUUCCUCCCAUUACGCAUUCCACCAUGUCCCCUUCACUUCUCCGUUCCAUUAUGGAGAAAAUGGAGUCAAGUGCAAAGAUGUUACCUCAACUCCUGGCAGAUAGCUCUGUGUGGGUCGGUGAGGGAGCAAAGAAGGUGAAAGGUAGUCCGGUGUGGGAGACAGUCGGCAGCAAGGCACAAAAUGUCCAGAAGAUGGUGGUUGAUAGUUCUGUAUGGGAGAAGGUUGGAGCUAAUGUUGGACAUGUGUCCAAACUAGUAGGAGAUAGAGUUCCCAAGGUAAUGGUGGAUGGUUCUGCAUGGGUGGGAUCCGGAGCCAAGUCAGCAGCAGCUAGUCCUAUGUGGGAAAAAGUAGGAUCUGGGGCCAAAACUGGAGCUAAGCUGAUGGCUGACGGCUCUGUGCAAAUUGGAGCUGGAAUUUUUACCGGUGCAAAGAUGGUGGCGCAAAGUCCUGUGUGGGGGAAGGUUGGCUCUGGGGCCAAAGCAGGGGCCAAAAUAGUGGCAGAGAGCUCGGUGUGGGAGAAAAUCGGGACUACUGCUAAACAGGUGCCCAUGGUAGUCAUAGGGGGCGCAUUGCUGGGUCUGGUGCUCGGUGUGAUUUUAGGGGGUGCAAUUGGUGGAGCUGUCGGGGCAGCUGCUGGAUCUGCGGUAACUGAGGUGGGCAGACGGAAAAUCGGCAACAAAAACACGUUAGAAAAGACAGAUAAAGCUGCAAAAAAUGUGGAGAGAACAGUGAACGACAGCAUAGACUCUCUGGUAAAACAAGGAGAGAAAGUAUUCAAAACUGAAUGAAAGGCUGAAUAGAUCAUGCAUAUAAAAUGUAUAACAAAUGCAAAAACAUUUAGUUGUGAAUAAGAGUGUUUAAUUAAACAGUGGCAAAUAUAUAUUUUAAAUUUAUCGCACCAGACAAUCUUUUAAACACAGACACUUUUCUAUUAGUCUUUCUUUGUUUGUUUCUUUAUAUACAAAUGGACCACAAGUUAAAGGAUUCAUUUUAAAAUACUUCUGUCACAUUGUAUGAAGUUUUUUUUUUAGGGUGAAUAUCAUUCACAUUAAAUUAUGUUUUCACAAAAUAUACAAUUUUGACAAAAAGAACUCUGCUAAACUUGGCUAAAUUGAUUUUGUUAAUACACAUGUAAAUGAUUUAGGUGCUUCUCUUACUGUUUGCAAGAUAUGUCAAAUUCUGUAAGAAAGUAUAAAUGCAAUUAUUUUGAAUGAUGAUUUAUUGUUAUUUCAUGUAAGUAGUAAAUUCAACAUUAAUUUAAACUUAUGUAAGUCAUUUAGCAAGUUAUAUUCUAUAUACAGUAUAUGGGUCACUUAGCAUUUUCACUGUGCUACUAGUACUACUAGUGCUUAAUUAAAAACUAUUAUAUAAUGA